CUAAUUUUUUCGGUCAUUGUAUUAAGUAUCGCUUGGAAGCAGUUUUACCUAACGAACCAACGCCGAAUGAUAACGAAGCUCAUCGACCUUUCAAGGAAAAGUGGUCCCUGUAGAACAAUUCGAACUUGACAUUUCUCUACGAUUAAUGAUGCCGUACAUCUAUCGCGCUGGGGAUGUCAUCCACGAAGAUUUGCCGUACGCCGUAGCGGUGAAUUUAGAAAAUGCCGCUUAUAUAUGUUCAUACUGUUACGCGUCCGAUGCCGAGAUGAAGUGCACGGGUUGUGAAAAAUUGGUCUAUUGUAACGACGAAUGCAAGAAUCAGGAUGCGGUCGAUCACAACCUCGAAUGUAACAUACUUCUGAAUUGCGAUGAGCUUCCGGAUGAAGAGUUGCGACUGGUGAUUCGAGCUUUGGACAAGUACGUCAGAGAAAGAGAUAACCCAACAGUUGGGGAUUUCUUCGGCAGUAAACGCACCAUGGAUGAUCUCGUGUCACAUAUCGAUGAUCUUAAUAGUACAGAUCUGGAAGAGGUCAACGCCCGUACAUCAGAGCUGUUAGCCCUAUUGGAAGGUCGGUUAGAUGUGGGCCAUAGCCAAGUGCUGAAGAUGCUUAUGAAAUGCCGAAUCAACCGAUAUUGUUUGAUCAAUCAUAACGAGCCGACUUUCUCAACCCGUGGCCAAGUGGUUUACCUAGGGGCUUCAGCUAUCGAUCAUUCGUGUGUGAUUGAUGAGACUUACACCUACCUCUUUGACGGACGCCGAAUUAUUCUCAGGGCAUUGACCGAUUUUACUCUGGAUGACCCUAAGAACUUACGGAUCCAUUACUUAUCUUCCCAGCUGCCGUAUGAUCAACGGCGUUCGAUGACACUGGACACAUAUUUUUUCGUGUGCAGCUGCGAAAAAUGCGUGGCUCAAGCCCGAUGUGUCGAACAGGAUCCGGAGUUGAAGGAACUUGCUGAUCAGGCUAGUUCCGAAGUUGACGCGCUGUACCAGUCGACUUUAACGACAUCUGAAUGGUAUAAUGAGGGCAUGGCGAUACUGGAAAAGUUCUUCGAAAAGAUCCCGGACGACUUUGCCCUGUUCUGGCUAUUGACCCAACUUCAGAAUCAAGCAAUCGAGCAGGGCUUUCUAGAGGCGAGCCUGACUCAUGGAGCUAAUGCUUUACGCUCCGCUAAUACAGUUCUAUCGAUGGAACCGAUUUUAUUCAAUCUUUGUCUUGCUAUGGCUAAGCUUGGCUGGAACAAAAGAAAUGAUAAAUGCUACGAAACUUUCGUUGAGGGGACAAAGCUAGCGUCAAAAUUAUUCACCGUUUCUCACGGGUCAAAACACUCAAUAACCGAAACACUUCAGUCGUUCAAAGAUGGAACUUACUUCGAUUGAAGCAUAAGCGCUACGUAUGUGGAGAAAUAAACUAUGCGACUGCACAUGACAAUCAUAUUAUUAAUGAUAAACUGACUUUAAAAAAGAUAAAAUAAAACAGGAUCAGAAAAAAUUUGAAAAAAAAAAAUAGC